AUGUGUUCCUUUUCAGAUGAUCCUGAAAGUUUUCGGCAGCUGGAUGGGACCCCGCUAACAGCUCAUGACAUCGUCCAGAAAAUCGCCAACAAAAUCUACGAAGAGGAUGACCGAGGAGUGUUUGACAGAAUUGUGUCUAAACUGCUCAAGUUGGGUCUAAUCACAGACAGUCAGGCAGAGACGCUGGAGUAUGAGGUUGCUGAAACCCUGCAGGAGCUGAUCACUAAAAAUGCCAAAGAUAACAUGAUUGGAGACCUCAGUAUGGACUACCCUGUUAAUGCAGCAAAAGAUACAGAGAACAGUAUGGAUGAGGAAGACAGGCCCAGUCAACGAUAUGAUGACGAGGAUGAAGGUGAUGAUGAUGAUGGUGGCAAUGAUAAUAAUGGUGACGAAGAACAGGAGGAGGAGAGCAGAGAUGAUACAGUGAGGGCUGAAGACUCAUAUGAGGCUGUGAGCGAUGGGAACGACAGAAACGAACUCAAUCCAGAAGACGGACUGCAGGACCUUCAAUUCUUCCCCAACUUUUACAGACUCCUGAAGAGUCUCGACUCAGAGCAAGAUAAAGAGGAGAGAGAAACCCUGAUCACCAUCAUGAAGACCUUGAUUGACUUUGUGAAGAUGAUGGUCAAAUAUGGAACCAUCACACCUGAAGAAGGAGUGUCUUAUCUGGAAAAUCUGGAUGAAAUGAUUGCCCUGCAGACCAAGAACAAGCUGGGCAAAUCUCUGGUUCCUCUCGGCAUUACACCCCCUACAGGAAAACCAUUGGAUGAUGAUGACAACACCAAAACAGAAGCUGGCAAAAUGCAGAAGGAGUAUGAGUCUCUGAAAGACUCAACCAAAGACGUCCAGACUGCUGCUGAAAUCAGUCAUCCUGGGAAGUCUGAGAGUUAUCUGGAGGCGAUCAGGAAGAACAUUGAAUGGCUGAAAAAACACAACAAGGAAAGCAACAAAGAAGAUUAUGACCUCUCCAAGCUGAGGGACUUCAUGGACCAGCAGGUGGAUGCAUACAUCGACAAAGGCAUCCUUGAGAAGGACGACGGUGACGUAAUCAAGAGAAUCUACGGAAGCCUGUAGGAACCACAAGUCCAGCUUCACAUGUAACAGUGUAACAGACUUUCUACUAAAUACUUGGACUGGGCAUACUAACACAGAUCCUAAUGCUUUAACUCCUCAUAAAUAAGAUUUAGUCUGCAACUCAGACAGUAUUUCUGCAGAAUAAUUCCCUCCAGAAGGCAAUAUCCUCUCUCAGUGCAGUCAGCAAUAGAACACAAUCUAGUUCUAGAUAAGCCACAAAUCAUAUUUGAGUUGUAAGUGUUCUUACGCAUUAGGACCGAAUAACACCACUGGCUACCUAGAAGAAUGAAAUUCAGUGGAUUGUUUUGGUAUGACUUGAAAAUCAGAGAAAAUAGAAGCUUUUGCACCUGUCCUACUUUUGCAAUAGACUCUUACAGCGUCAUAUGCAUAUAUCUGUACGCAACAUUCAUUCACGUAUGGUGUAUAUCAUUUUCUCCUCUUAUUUGAUAAAGCAGAUGAACCUGUAUUAUUCUUUCUCAACCAACCAACCAA